AUGUUGUUCCAACCCCUUUCUCUUCUCGCUGUUAUGACUGUUUCAUCAGUCGCUGCUGCUGAUUUUACGCCUCAUGCUGCUGGUGCUGAGGGAUCUGUGAUGGGACCAGUUCAGUUCCUUUGGCCAACUGAUCGUCCUUGGUCUGCCGAUGCUGAUAAUACUGCUCCAUGUGGAAGCAAUUCUGGAGUUACGAAUAGGACUCAAUUUCCCCUUGACCCAACGGCUCAAGGCUCUUUCAACGAACAAAUCGUUCAUAACAUCACAGAAGUAAAUCCAGGUCACCAAUGUUACCGUGUCCCUUCCACCCCCGACAAUAUUUCCGCGGGCGCGAACGCCACAAUUCAGCUUGAAUACUGGUCUACCUACGAGAAUGAACCGAUUCAAUCUUUCUACGCCUGCGCUGAUGUUACACUCAUCGAAGCAUCCACCUUUGUAGGUACAAUCCCAUGCUUCAACGUAACAUCUACCGACUUCGUCGCUCCCUCAACGACUCCUUCCACAGCAACGCCUCCCGACUCUUCGGUCGCUCCUACACUAUACGUAUCCGCAUCUUCUUCUCGCAGUCUAUCAGAGGGUGCUAUAGCUGGCAUUGCUGUCGGUUCGGUUGUCGGCGGACUAGCGCUUAUCGCUAUCGUGGCGUUUGUUUUGUUGAGAAGGAGAAAGACUAAUAGAAAUGCCCAGGCUGCUGAUGAGUUCCCUGCUAUGGAGAAAAAGGAACGGGCUGCCUCUCUUGCUAGCGAGGAAACGCAAGUACAGAAGUGA